GAGCUUCCCGUCCAAACGGGUCUCGAGGUGGAAGGCGUCAAUGGGUAACAGUCCUGUGGAGCGGAGGUGUGGGCUGGCUCCCGAGGGCGUGGGGAGAGGCCAGCCGAGACGGAGCUAUAAGAGCCCAUCCGUGCCCACGGAGGACCUGUCCAAGGGGCACGGAGCAGCAGAGAGAGCGGACGGCGAGGGCGGCCCUCGCAGGCUGUGAUGCGCAGGGCUGCGCGCACCCCGCUCGCCUUUUGCAGAGGAGUUCUCUGGUAGAGUUGCCACGUGAAGUUAUAUUUGUAGGAAGCUGAAGGACUUUUUUGUCAUCAUCUGAUAAAGGAAAUAAAAUUGUUGAGAAUCACACGUCUGGUUAGUGAGAGAGCCAGGAACAGAACAUGAGUUUUGUGGUCAUCACUUCGGCAGAUUGCUCCCUGUAGAGGGAGGGCAGGUUCUCCCUGUACAUCUGCCCUCAUCUGAGAAGAUGGUAUUUCAGAAACCACCAGAUGGUGGCUGGGGCUGGGUGAUUGUUGUUGUUUCCUUCUUUACUCAGUUCUUGUGUUAUGGAUCACCACUGGCAGUGGGAGUCUUGUAUUUAGAAUGGCUGGAUACUUUUGGAGAAGGGAAAGGCAAGACUGCUUGGGUUGGAUCACUAGCAAAUGGAAUUGGAUUGCUUGCCAGUCCUGUCUGCAGUAUAUGUGUAUCAUCUUUUGGAGCAAGACCAGUAGCAAUUUUCAGUGGCUUUAUGGUGGCUGGGGGCCUCAUGAUGAGCAGUUUUGCACCUAAUAUAUACUUUCUAUAUAUUUCAUAUGGGAUUGUUGUUGGUCUUGGGUGUGGCCUUUUGUAUACUGCAACAGUAACCAUCACUUGCCAGUAUUUUGACAAACGCAGAGGCCUUGCGCUUGGUCUGAUUUCAACAGGCUCAAGUGUUGGACUCUUUAUAUAUGCAGCACUGCAAAGAGAGCUGAUUGAUCUGUAUGGACUGGAUGGUUGUCUGCUAAUAGUUGGCGCACUGUCUCUGAAUAUAUUAGCAUGUGGCAGUCUGAUGAGACCAUUGGAGUCAUCUGAUUCCCCUCCACCAGAAAAAACACGUGUAGACAAAGUCCCAGAUCAAUGUUAUGUGUACCACGAAAAAGAAAAGACUGUUGAAGAAAAUAUAAGCAUCCUUGAAAAGGGCUUCACCGAUGAAAAAUGUGUGAACAAUACCCCUGAUUGCAAACAGGAUAGCAUUUUGAAUAAGAAUGUAUUAGGCUCAAUAAAUGUAAAUGAGAAAGACACUUACAAAAAGAAAGUUGUAGAACAGACAAACUUCUGCAAGCAACUUGCCAAAAGAAAGUGGCAGCUCUAUUUGAACUACUUGGGGGAAACGGUAGUUCUUUUUAAGAACAAAGUAUUUGCAGCUCUUUUUGUUGCCAUUUUGCUCUUUGAUAUUGGUGGAUUUCCUCCUUCUCUGCUCAUGGAAGAUAUAGCAAGAAGUGCAAAUGUUAAUGAAGAUGACUAUCAUAUGCCACUUAUUUCCAUUAUAGGCAUUAUGACUGCUGUUGGCAAACUCACUUUAGGAAUACUAGCAGAUUUUAAGUGGGUUAACACUUUAUAUCUAUAUGUAACUACCUUACUAAUGACAGGACUGGCCUUGUUUGCAAUUCCAUUUGCCAAAAGUUACCUUACCUUAGCGAUGCUUUCUGGGAUUUUGGGUUUUCUGACUGGGAACUGGUCUAUUUUUCCAUAUGUAACAACAAAGACUGUGGGAAUUGAGAAACUGACUCACGCGUAUGGGAUAUUGAUGUUCUUUGCUGGACUUGGAAAUAGCCUCGGGCCACCGAUUGUAGGUUGGUUUUACGACUGCACGCAGGAGUAUGACACUGCGUUCUAUUUCAGUGGCUUUUGUGUCCUGCUGGGUGGAUUUCUUCUGCUGUUGGCAGCACUGCCCUGCUGGAAUGCCUGUACCAACCAGAGCUCAAAGCUGCCUCCAAAUACUUACUCCUACAAAGUUGCAUCUAGUGCUUAGGUGACAACUGGAAAACACUUUGGGCUUUUUUUAUAUUGUGUAGCAAAGUAUUUGAGUAAUUUUCCACUUAUUUAUGAAGCCCUGAAAUCCUCUUCCACUAGAAAAAUUCCAUUGUUGCUUGUUGUUCAGUUCCUUUUUCUUCUUUUGUUUCUUUUUUAUUUUCUUUUUGGAAACAGUCUUAUUUCAUCUACUAUACAACUGUGUUUUUGGCCUUGUGUCUACCGUAACUUCCUUUAACUCUAUAAGGGGUAUAUUCUGCUGUAUUAUCAGCUGUACUUACUUUUUUUUUUAAGGGGGAUGGUGUGGAGGGAUGAAAACUUUGAAGCAAAAAUGAAGGCCUGUUCCUUAAAGGAGAAGGUUGGCAUUUUUGUCACCUUUUAUGGGUUUCCUAUUUGCACAAUCAGACUUUAUGAAACACAAAUUUGCCUUAUUAGAAUGUAAUGCUGGCAAAGUGCUUGUAACAUCAUGCUUAGAUUAACUUUUGCCUUUUUAAAGUUUAUUCAAUUGACAAUGAAUGGCCAAUUGAGGGAGGGGAGAAGAGGGAGGAACAAAACCAACCUUGUGUUGCAUAACUGAAGUGAACGUUAUCAUGACAGAUUCUUAGUACUACUGCAACUAAGAAGUUUAUAAAUAUUGCACAUUUUGUGAAGUCUGUUUAUAAAACUGUUGAACCAAAAGCUUUUAAACCAAGGAAUAAACGUGAUUGUUGAAACCUUGAAAACAAGUGCUGACUUGGUUAUGCAAGUUCAUGAUCUUUACAUCGGAGUCAGAGAUGUGGUCACAGAAGCCUGCAGGUGAGUCUAAGCAAGUAAUCUGUAGCUUGCCAGUACUGCUGGCAUCUGUUGUUGCACAACUGCAGUUUAGUAGUUUGAACUUGCUGCCUAAAGCUUGGUAGUAGGGCUUUCAACAAGGCAGACCUGAUGUAAAAGGAAAAAAAAUUGACAGCAAUGUCGUCUUUGCUCUCUCAUUUUUGGAAUGGACAUAGGAAGGAGAAAAGUUAGUAACAGGGAGCAAGAAAAGGCAUGGGGGAAAGAUGCCAGAAGAGAUACAGGGGAACCUGUGGUGGAAAUCGUUGCAACAUUUGGACACCAAACAGCCCAAUUAAGAGAGAGCCCCUGAAGCCCACUGCCCAGAUACUUUCUAGCUGCAGGCUACCUCUGUGUGUGUGUUGGCUUUCUGCUUUUGUUUAACCCAAGGCCCAAGGCUGGCAUGUCUGAGGCAAAUGCUUUGUGAGGUUGAAGUCUUUCCUGAGCCAGGCAGGUGCUACAGUGAAGGCAGAGUGACUUACCCAGUUCUGCACUGCUCUGAGUGCCCUGCGCAGUCGCUGUUGCUUCUGCAGCUGCUCCCGUGCCAAAGAUGUGUCUGGUUGCCCUUGUGUAGGAGUCACAGAAAACUCCUGUCUGCCUGUGGCACGUGCUGUGUGCUUUGGCUUCUUGCUGUAUAGCUUUAAAGUUCAAUGGAGCUCGUUGGGAAACCUGGGGUGAGGUAGAAGUUCUUGAUCUGAGUUACAUCCUGUGUGGUUGCCUGCAAAUGCCCAAGUAGUUCUCAGCAGUGCUGUUUGCCUCAAGUGUCUGCUGUGAUUCUGGCACAUAAAUAAUCCUUAAGAUAAAAAACAGGCAUGCAACAAGCAACCUUUAUUGUCAAUACAUUAUGCAGAGAGUUACUGUGUUUGCAUGCCUCAUUAGGCAAGAGCCAUGUAACCUCUAAGUGGGGCAGACAUUAAGUGCUAGUAAUGUUCCCUCUUCUGGUCCAAAGUAGGAAAAUCCAGCUUGGCUUCAGACAGUUUUUGACCAGGAGGCAGUUAGUUUUCUCCUUAUUUUUCCUUCCAUUUGCCAGCUGGGUGUAACUACUCUCUUGGUUUUUUGUUGAUUUUUUUUUUUUCUGUAUUGCUUAUUCAAUGCACGUGGAAGAAAUACUGGAUAUUAAAUAUAGGCACAAAUGCAAGUCCAGUUCCAAAUUGGAGACCUUAGUCUCUAAUGUGGAUUUCCACCCAUUUUGUGUGUUGUAUGACAGUUGUAGUCAAAUUUCACGGCAUGCAUAUAAAAGUAGUAUCGUGUUUUACACACCUUAAAGAAACUGCAGUGAUACACGGGAUAUAACCAGGGUGUUCGUGCCUUCAGAUGAAUAUAUUUUGAAGUCUCUCGCUUCCUGCCAACAAUACAUUCUGAGUGCUUUAAAUAUGAAAUUACAUUGGUUGUCAGUCUGUUUGAAAAAAAUUAGCUAGAAUUAAUGUUAAUGAUUGGGCAAUAUGUAACACACUUUUGCAAUGGAAAUUGAGUCUAUUAUUACACAGUUUGAUAUGUUUGGAAAUCUGACUAGUGACCUGUGAUAGUUUCCUGAUGUAACCAUACCCAGCUGUGGGGAAAGAGCUCUGGCUGUUGAAGAAUUGUUUAUUGCCACUGCAGGCAGAAUGUUAGGACUCCUAGUUCUAGCCAGUUAGUUCAGCACUGUGACCAUACUAAUCUUUACUUUAAUUGAUCAAGAAGACCUAAGAUCUAAUGUUUUGCUUUUCUUUUUUGCUUCUCUAAUUUUGAAGGGUUCCUUUCCACGAAGAUUUCUAGAGAUGCUGCAAUUUGAGUAUUAUCUGACAGCCUUUGCUUCUGCCUGGCACGCUUUGUUCAAAUUGGUUCAUAGGUUCAAACGUUUUUUGGAAGCUGGCAGGACAGGUACAGCAUAAUUAUUUGUGCCUCAUUUGCUGGAAAAGUAGAUUGUCAGCAUUGUCAGAGUGGUAGAGGUAGGUAGGCACACAGUUGUGUCAUGUAGAAUUAAAUUAUACAUAUUUUUGAUUUUUAUACUUCCUGAAGAACAGAUCUGCAACAGAAGGAAUGAGAUACUAAAAUAAUCACUCUUUAUUGUAGAAGAACAAGUUACUGUUUAUUGCAUAAAUUAAUUGGUUGCUGUGGGGUCAGUCAUGAAUAGUAGAUUUAUCUUCUUAUUUGCAGAUCUUAAGAAAAUUGAUUGUAGUUACCGAAGCACAAGACAAAUUAAACUGCUAAGUUUUAUUAGAUUUAAAGACUAUUCUGUGCCUUGCUCAAUUGAUUAUCUUAAUGGUUAGCUGCAAAAAUGGAUUACAUUCCUUUGGUAGCUGUUAAUUGGUCUACAUCAUGCUGAUACUGGAUUCUUGUAUCACUUACUGACAUUGAACAGUGUGCUGAGUAAGGACUACAGAUCAGAUGCUAUAAAAAUUGGCUGCGAUGUUUACAUAGCACUAAACAGACACAGUUAAUUUUUUAUUAGAAAGAUACUUCACUUGAGGCAUUUCAGGAGGGCAAGUCUAGUGAAUAUGUUGGACUGAGCAUAGAGCUGGUCAGAUUAAAAAAAGCAAAAGAUAAAUCAUACAGAAAUUGGACAGCUUUGUUAAAGGAAGUGGCAAAAGCCUCUUUCUCAGUUUAAAAUUCCUCAGAUUGAAAGGACUGUUUCAGUAAUGUUUUAAUGUGCUGAAGAUCCAAGUUAAAGACAGCCUCAUGAGAAAUAGUCUUUAGAGAUGUGUCUAUGCUCCUUGUUUACCAAAAUCCAUUUUGCUUUUUACUUUUAUUUUUCCUAAGAAAUAUGUUUGUGCUUUUUAACUGAAAGUUUUUAAAAACCAAUAUACAAAUGGUCAUCCUCUACCUUGCUAUAUCACCUGAUGAUUUUGAUGCAGGAAGUAAACCAUAAAAUUUUUUUGGUUGAAAGGGACCUGUAAAGAUCAUCUAGUCUAACCCCCCAGCCAUAAUGUAGUGAUUUCAACUUUCUUCAAAUUAGCUGGUCUGCUUCUGGUUUGUUGUUGUUUUCAUGGCUCUGUGGGGAAGUCUUGAUACCUUUCUUUUAUGUCCUCGUUGGAGGGUCUCUUUAUUUUCUGCAAUAGCUUCUCAUUUUUCUUUAUUGUGUCCGUGUUUUUUUGCAACAAGACUGUUGGUCAGCUUUAGCUACCUUUGCUUGAUGUGUGGACUAUUGGCUUGCUUGGGUGUUUUUUUUCAUUAGCACCAAAUAAUCACAUCAGUAGAAAUUUACUUUAUUAAUCCUAAAAUGUUUUCAUGUCAUUAGAAUCUAAAGGCUGAGAUGUCUGAAAUGAAAUGUCUGGAAUCAAGUAUGACUGGUGUGAAUGCAGAUGUCUCAACUUCUCUGGCUGCAGAUAUUCAAGACUUAAUUUAGUGAAGAAUGGGAGUCUUGUGCACAUGUGGUAAGGAAAGGUUGAAGGCAGGAUAAAUCUUUUGGCUCCGGGGUCUCCCUGUUGUGCUUUCAUCUGUUUGGAUCUCCUGUGUCAGGUGCAGCUUUUGUGCUAUGUGUGCUGCAGUUUUGUGAGCUAGCAUAAGGUGAGAGGUAGGAGAAUCUCAUGCCUGGAGCAUGAGAUUUAACACUUGGCUGCUUCCAGUCACCUCACUUAGUGUGCAGCAAGGAGUAUCUUGCAAUGUUCACCCUUUGAGUGAGUACCUCAGGAGUCUUCAGGAGAGCAUCCCUGCAUCUGUCCCUUGCUGAAGAAGGAUUAAGUCCAAUUAGUUUUCCAGGCCAUAGUUUCAAGAUGUGUUUUCUCCCAGUUGAAGUUCUUGCUGAAGGCAUCCAGCAUCCAACACUACAUCGUUAUGGGUGCUGUGUUUGUUGUAAACCCACUCAGGGAACCCCUAAAAAUGCCUUUUGUUUGUUUGUCUGUGGUUUUUUUGGGUUUUUUGUUUGUUUGUUUGUUUUGUUUUUUGUCACUCAGACCAGCUUGUUGCUGUUGCAGUGUGGGCUCACAUCUAACUGCCAGCACAACACGCUGUGGUGCUCCCCAGCAUGUGAGUGGGAAGGAGCUUGGAGCAAUUCCUUUGUAAACUGCCCUUGCAGUCAUAUCCCGGUGCUGUGAGACUGCAGCAAACAUUGUUCCCAUCUGCCUUUGUCUCCAAGCUUAAUCUUACUUGGUCAUAGCUAAACUUGCAAAAACACUUCCUUUUAUUUCAAAUUAGUUUGAGGAUUUUCCCCCACAUUUCUCUAAUUGCAGGCUGAAAAUCAUCUGACUCAACUCUCCUCCUUUCCUGGUGCCACAGUGCAUGUUGAAAAGUAAACAUGUUUUCAGUGGUUAACAGCAAUGACUAGGAGAUGUUGCUGAGUAACAAGAUGAAUACCUACCUCCCUGUUUUAUAAAUUGCUGGUGCUCUGACCAACCCUGUUUACAGAUCAUAUCUAAAUUGUGUGGGUUUUUUGUGGUUCUACCUUUAAAAUGGAUAUAUGACAUGCAUAUCAAGUUGUACUGGGUCAUGCUAUCUUCUGUUGGAAUCAAGUUACUUUCCUGUUUAAUUAAAAAGUGCCUGAGUUAGAGUGACUGUCUCCCUGCUUUGCAUUACUUAAGGGACCAUCUUUUCAAAUCAGGAUAACUGAAAUAAUCUGGUACAUCUUGAAUUAUGAGAAAUACUAUGUAUGAGGUUUUGCAAGAGUUCAUAAAAAUGCUUGAAUUAAGUAAUAUUUCCUUCAAAUAAACUGUUAUGUGGAGGUGCUGACAGGAAAUAAGGGACAAAAAAAUUACAAGACUGCACUUGACAAUCUGGUAUCUCCCCCGGCACCAUCAGUCAUAAGUAACAAAUUGUCACUCUUUUGGGUGUGUGAAUGACCAUUUUGACUACCAGGAAAAUUCCUGGGAGAGAGAGAUGGGGAAGAGGGAAUUCUCACUGAGCACACCGUAUACAUUAUUGUUUGAGAGUAGACUUGAAUUUGCCUAUGAGAAUUACUGAAAACAGAAUUCCAUCAUCUAGCCUGGAACUCGACAGCUUGAUGGAGCUGCUGCUGCCAUCUCAGUUUCUCUGGAGAGAAGAUCCUGCUUUUGAAGGUCUUCCACCUUUUGAGUUUUCUCUAAAGGGAGUAGCAUCACAAGACUGCAGAAGGCAGAGUUAAUUGAACGUCAUAAACAGGAGUAUCUAAUUUGAAACAAUAUUGAAUCAGUAAGGAAAAAAGGUAUUGAAAUUCUGUGCUGCUGGAGAAGUACAAAUAAAAACUGGAAGAAAAUUUGCCUUAGUUAAUACUUUCUGAUUAUGUUUAAAUGCAUGUUCAGUAAUUGCCAGUCUGAGUCAUGUUGGUUAACUUUUGCUGUGGUGUCUUAGCAGAAAAUCCAGGUGUCCUUAACCACGUAUAAAAAUGCCUGCAGCAGAGGAUGAAUAUUUUUUGAGCCAAUCUGCAUUCCGGUGGAAUUGCAAUGUUAGAAACACCAAGUUUUAGUGCUGUAAUCCACUUUGAAAGGGAGAAGAUGGUGCUUAGGAGAUGUGAACAGAAGACUUACCUGAUCUUUCUUCUGAAGAAAGUGAGAUGAAGCAACCACCAGCAAACUGCAAAGAAAUCUACAUGGAAAUAAGAAUAUGUUUUCUUCUCUUACAAAUACAAAUUUUUAGCCCAAA